AUGCCUUCCUUGAUCAGCUCUGCAUUGCCCACCAAGCAAACAGCGAUCGUGGCCGAGGGCGCUGGCAAGCUCAGCCUUCGCCACGAUGCCCCUGUACCUACGCUGGGGCCGAACGUGGCCAUGGUCAAGACCGCAGCUGUCGCGAUCAACCCGGUCGACGCAAAGAUGCUAGACUACAGCCCAGUACCUGGAGCCAUACAUGGUUAUGACUUUGCGGGCACCAUCGUGGCGCUCGGAGAUGGUACACCUGCUUAUCUGAAAGUUGGAGACCGCGUUGCUGGAACGGUGCAUGGUAUGAACCCAAGCCUGCCCGAUGUAGGGGCCUUUGCCGAAUACGUUGCUGCUCCUGGGGACCUUCUCCUGCAAAUCCCGGACUGGAUGAGCUUCGAAGAGGCGUCGUCCAUUGGAUUGAGUUUAUUCACAGCUGGUCUGGGUCUCUUUCAGGAACUCAAGGUUCCGAGCUCGACUACUGAGCCCUAUGCCCCGCGUCCGGACGAUGAAUAUGACUUUGGACCAGAAUUUGUGCUAGUUGCUGGAGGAGCUACCGCAACCGGCACUCGUGCGAUUCAAUUGCUGAAACUCGCCGGCCUCCGCCCCAUUGCCACAUGCUCGCCAUCAAAUUUUGAACUCGUUCGGAGCUUCGGCGCCGAGGAAGUCUUUGACUAUCAUACUGCAGACUGUGCCGCCGAAAUCAAAACAUAUACUCGUAACACCUUGGCAUACGCUUUUGACUGUGUAGCUAUGGCUGAUACCAUGCAGCUAUGCUACGCAGCCAUGGGACGCGCAGGUGGCCGCUACGUCACUCUAGAACCCUUUCGCCACGCAAUUGCCUCGACCCGGCCUACUAUCAAACCAUCGUGGUUGUUGGCACUUACAAUCUUUGGACUGAAGGUCAACCUUGAGGGCGAGUAUAAGCGGGAAGCGAGCCCCGAGGAUCGCAAGUUUGGGGAAACAUUUACUCUCGAGAUGCAGAAGCUACUGAAUAAGGGAACACUAGCAAUUCACCCCGUCCAAGUCCGCUCUGGUGGAUGGGAGGGAGUGCUGAAUGGUGUUGACUUUAUCCGUAAGGAGACCAUGUCCGGACAGAAGCUAGUUUAUUCGGUAUAA